AUGACAGCCAACACUGUUCAUGGCUUUCACGUACACAGAGAUCCACUAGUAAACGGCGAACUCAACUGUACAGCGGCUGGACCUCACUUCAAUCCUUACGGUACGACACAUGGUUCAAUCACUGCAGAUAUUAUGAACCGACAUGUUGGAGAUCUUGGAAAUGUGACUUCUGCUAAUGACGGCACGAUCAACAUCAACAUUCGAGAUUCGAUUAUUCAACUAUAUAAUGCGACACAAUCGAUUGUUAAUCGAACCAUUGUUCUGCAUGCAAUGCGAGAUGACGGUGGUAUGGGUGGUUUUUCGGACAGUAACACUACUGGAAAUGCGGGUGCUCGAAUUGCUUGCGGUAACAUCAUGUUAAAAACCGCGUGGUCAAAACAUUAA